AUGUGGAGUAUUAGGCGUGUAAGUGUUCCACUGUCUGAAGAGCAGAUUAAGGGUCUUCUCAAAAGACAUGACACCAACAGAGACGGCAAGCUUAGUAGGGAAGAACUGAAGGCUGCUUUCAAAACCCUAGGUUUGCAUUUCAGCGGCUGGAGAGCUCAGCGUGCCCUUCGCCACGCGGAUGCCAAUGAAGAUGGAUUUAUCAAUGAAGAAGAGUUGAAUGAGCUUAUUCUACGUGAUCAGCUCUAUCCCUUCCAGCCACAGGAGAAGACUGAGUCUGGGGCUUAUUCAUUCAAGAAUAAGGACUGGGAUAAGAGCUACAACGCUCUUAUCAAGAGUCUCCGGGAUGACGCUGCCGAGGCAGCUGAGGAUCUUGAGGUAGAGGAGAUGGCAGCAGCAGCAGACCCGGCAGCGGACGACGUUGCAGUCGAUCCGGCUGCCGUACACAAGGAUAUUGAUUUGGAGCAGCCUACAGAGGACCCAGAGUAG